AUGGAAACUGAAGCUGAGAAGAACAUCGCUAUCUGGAAGGUCAAAAAACUGAUCAGAUCGCUUGAGAAAGCGAGAGGAAAUGGUACCUCGAUGAUUUCGCUGGUUAUUCCUCCUAAGGGCCAAAUCUCAAUUAUUCAGAGAAUGCUAACGGAUGAAUACGGUACUGCGUCCAAUAUCAAGUCUAGAGUUAACCGUUUAUCAGUUUUGGGUGCUAUCACAUCAACACAGCAAAAAUUAAAGCUGUACACUAAAGUUCCUCCAAAUGGGCUGGUUCUUUACUGUGGUGAUAUCAUCACUGAGGAAGGUAAGGAAAAGAAAGUCACCAUUGACAUUGAACCUUACAAACCCAUCAACACAUCUCUUUACCUGUGUGACAACAAAUUCCACACCGAGGUGCUUUCAGAGCUGCUGGAGGCCGAUGACAAAUUUGGUUUUAUUGUCAUGGAUGGUCAAGGAACCUUGUUUGGCUUGCUAUCUGGUAACACGAGAACUGUUCUGCACAAGUUCACUGUUGACUUGCCAAAGAAGCACGGUAGAGGUGGUCAGUCCGCAGUCCGUUUCGCACGUUUGAGAGAAGAAAAGAGACAUAACUACGUGAGAAAGGUAGCGGAAGUUGCUGUACAAAAUUUCAUUACAAACGACAGACCCAACGUCAAGGGUUUAAUUCUGGCAGGUUCAGCAGACUUCAAGACUGAUUUGGCAAAGUCUGAACUCUUUGAUCAAAGACUGGCUUCCCGAAUCGUCAAAAUUGUCGAUAUUUCCUACGGUGGCGAGAACGGAUUUAAUCAGGCUAUCGAGCUCUCCGCUGAAUCAUUGGCAAACGUCAAGUUCAUCCAAGAAAAGAAGUUGAUCACGAGUUACUUUGACGAAAUCUCGCAGGACACUGGCAAGUACUGUUACGGUAUCGACGAUACCUUGAAAGCCUUAGACCUCGGUGCUGUGGAAACUCUCAUUAUUUUUGAGAACUUAGACACCAUCAGAUAUGUCUUUAAGGACUCUGAAGAUAGCGAGGUUUUGAGGUUCGCGGAACCAGAACAAGAAGACAAGUCUUAUAACCUAGACAAGGCCACAGGUCAAGAAAUGGAAGUUGUCGAGGAACAGCCUUUGGUCGAAUGGCUAGCAGAGAACUAUAAAAACUAUGGUGCCAACUUGGAGUUCGUCACCGACAGGUCAUCAGAAGGUGCCCAAUUUGUGACUGGUUUCGGUGGUAUCGGUGCUAUGUUGCGUUACAAAGUUAACUUCGAACAACUGGUUGACGAGUCUGAUGAUGAGUACUACGAUGAGGAUGAAGAGGACUCUGACUUUGACUUCAUCUAA